GAGGGCGUAGGAGGAGGAGCCCGGAGCCGUCCGGCCCAGCAAGAGCCAGGCAGUGGCAGGACCGGGUGUAGGUGGCCAUGGGGAAGCGAUACUUCUGUGACUACUGUGACCGCUCCUUCCAGGACAACCUCCACAACCGCAAAAAGCAUCUGAAUGGGCUGCAGCACCUGAAGGCCAAGAAGGUCUGGUAUGACAUGUUCCGAGAUGCGGCUGCCAUCUUGCUGGAUGAGCAGAACAAGCGGCCCUGCAGGAAGUUUCUACUGACAGGCCAGUGUGACUUUGGCUCCAAUUGCAGAUUCUCUCACAUGUCAGAGCGAGACCUGCAGGAGCUGAGUAUCCAGGUGGACGAGGAGAGGCGGGCCAGGGAGUGGCCACUGGACAUUGCUGAACUCCCUGAAGGCAAUCUGGAGGACUGGCUGGAAAAGAGAGCCAAGCGGCUGAGCUCAGCCCCAAGCAGCAGGGCUGAACCCAUCAGAGCCACCAUCUUCCAGUACCCUGUGGGCUGGCCACCAGUCCAGGAGCUGCCCCCAUCCCUGCGGGCUCCCCCACCCGGGGGGUGGCCCCUGCAGCCCAGAGUCCAGUGGGGCUGAGCCCUCACCCCUGCCUGACCGCACCUGGUCAGCUCUCUCAUCAGUCACAAUAAAGACAAGGGCUUAUACGGGGGAGGCUGAGCCCCUUCCUGCUGCACUCAAAGGAGCCUCUCAGACUAUCUGCCCAGCCUCACUGAGGCUCAGGCGCAGCCCUGGGCCCGGGUCUGCGCCAUGCAGCUCCACCUGCCCACCCUCCCUCAUGGAACGUCUUGAGAGGACGGGUGAGGAAACUUUUGGAUGUUUAUAAAGAAAGUCUGUCACCA